UAAGCAACCUAGUCAUAUCUCAUCCAAACUCAAUUAUAAUAACAUCAAGAAGCAAAGAUUGUGCCAUCUCAAACAAGCACUUUCCUCUGCUUCCUUCUCCAUUUUCAUCACUAUGGUUCAAAUCAAAGAAUUUCGAAUUGCGAUGCCCUUGUCCAUGGAAGAGUAUGAGAUAGCUCUUAUGUACACUGUCAUAAAAAUGGAGCAACAAAACACUUCAAGUAAAGAAGGGGUGGAGAUACUGCAAAGUGCACCUUUUGAAGAUGAAGUGCUUGGACAAGGAUAUUACACAUCAAAAGUCUACCAUCUUCAGAGCAAAAUCCCAACUUGGCUGAAAACAUUUGCACCGGCUAAUGCUCUCUCAGUCCAAGAGGAAUCCUGGAGUGCUUAUCCAAAAAGCAAAACAGUGAUCAAGUGCCCUUACUUUGAUCGGUGCUGCCUAACCAUUGAAACUGUUAACAAAGCUGACAAUGGCUGUUCUGAUAAUGUAUUUAGCUUAAGCGACGAGCUACUAGCUGCAAGGUCGGUGGAAGUUAUCGAUAUAACUUCAGUUGCGAAAGAUUAUUGGAGUAAAAUGAUAGGUACAUUAAGAGUGGACUUGUCUAAAUUCCAAUCACAGAGAACAAGCCGAGGUCCACUUUCGAAAGGAUGGAAGGAUACAUGUCAUCCUGUUAUGACAACAUACAAGCUGGUUACCAUGGAUGCUCCUAUUUGGGGAUUUGGCAGUCGUUUGGAAGAAACUAUGAUUGAGGGUGAAAGAGCAUUGCUUCUGGAAUUGCAUAGACGAUGCUUUGCUUGGAUAGAUGAAUGGUAUGGCAUGACGAUAAAACAAGUAUCUGAGAUGGAAAGGGAAAAUGAUUUAUUACUUAAAAAGAGGCUUCAUAGGUCAUCAUCAAUAACGCGUGAAGGAGACUCCAAGAAGAGAAGCAUGAAUAGCAGCAAAAUCUUUAUACAGUCUUAACUAAUCUAUUGUAGAGAAGAAUAAUGCCAAUGUCUAUGAUCAAAGACGAAGAUCAAGAAGAAGCCACAACUCAAAAGCAAAUCCCUUUUCAGUAUCAAGAAUAAUGCCAAUACCACAACAUUGUCACUGCUCA